GUUACUCAUGCCAACCAUUUUCAAUAAUAAUGAUAGAAUGAUAAUGUGCCGUGACGUCGGUACGGAAAAUGAACAAGAAAAAAGAUGUGGAAGAAUAAGCGAAAAGGAGUGGAAAGCCGAGGAUAUAAAAUAGAUGGUGUACACACACAUUUGCACGCGCACACAUGUGAACUUUUCUACAUCGUGUACCCACAGCUGUUGCUUAUCUAUCAUUGUUUUGACAUUUUUUAUGGUAUUAUGGUGUAUUUUGCUUUCAUGUUUUUUUCCGUUGAAUAUUUGAGUUACCAAAUAUAAAUAAAAUUCCAAAUCAAGUCAAAAUCAAAAUAUUCCCAAAAAUAUGUACUAGGAAGCAUUGAACUUACAUCUAACAGUUGCUAAAUACUAUUUAUGUGCGGAUUAAUAAAAAAAAUUUCUCACACAUUCGUAUUCGUAGCUUUUGUAAUUUCUAACAUCUCGUACUCUGGUCAGCUUGGCAGUGAGUAAUGUAUGACCAAAUCAACAGAACGUUUUUUCAUACGAUUUGGCAAUAAAAAAGUGAAAAUUACGGGAUAUUGUUGUAAAUCUACGAAAAGAUUCAAAAACUGUGUUUUUCGGGCACACUGCAAUGACGGAUACGUUUUCUUAUCAGCGUACCGUACAGAGCUUAGCUCGAGUGUUGGCGCGCAUAGAGCUAACGCCUUGGGACAAGGUGCAAUCGCUCUUUCGCUAUUGCCCGCAAGAAAAUGCUGCAGGCGUUUUUUGUCUUGAUGCACGAGCACAGGACGCGGUAAUAGCGUUGGGAAUAUAUUUUUUGGAAAGUGGAUGCCAACAUGAGGAGCGCAUUGUACCGUACUUGCUGCGACUUGCAAAGUGCAUGCCGAAAGCCGUUUGGGUGGAUGAUGCAAAAUGGAGCAAAAUAGACCGCAUACCAUCAGCAGAAAAGUUUAGCUUCUGCUUGAAUACUUUGCUCUCCGACAUUGCCUCAAAAUGCCCAGAUCUACGUGAGGAAAUCAUUCUCAAUCAAGUAGAGACGCUCAGUGCUUUGGCAAAUAUCAUUAAAUCCAGCAAAGACAGUAGCUCUGCCCCACCACCCAUCAUACUGUGCAAGGCCACCGUACCAUUACUUUUCGGAUUGGCACGUUCAAUGGGACGUUAUGCCAGUCAAGACCCGCCAUUGCUCUGUCGCAUAUUUCCACGCGAAGAAAUGCCGGUAGUUAAACAGAAUGGCCGUGAUGGUGGCAGUUUUAGUUCUAGUGAGCGCAUUGCAUGCUUCUCACAAUUCCGACCGAUAAUACCACGCUCCAUGUCCGGUAGUCUGAGCCAAGACUCGAACGAGUGGCGCCUACGCCAAUUGCAAAUGAUUAACGGCAUCGACAAGCAACGCCCACAAUUACAAACAUAUUUCUCUGUGCCCUACGAUCCGCGUACACAUUUUUUUACAAAAACCGGUUCUAGUUUCAAUCAAUUUCCCAACAUGCGUGUUUGCGAAACACCAACUAAAACUAAAAAACUGUUUAUUGUGCCACCUUUCCCCAUACAACACCUGCAGACUAUCUUCGCGGUGGCAAAAAAGUUACUUACCAAAGAGACGCUAGAACAUUUGGAUGAGCAAGCAAGCGAUAUCUUUGCUUUACAUCAAAUCAAAGGUUAUUGCUACAAAAGUUUCUCGGAGACACUUAAUUUAGUAUUGGUAACUUUACUGCGGGAAUUGCUACAGCAUCAAAUCGACUUGCCCACGCCGUUUACUAAAGAUGUUCAAGAAUUUGUGAAGCGAUUAUUUUUGAAUGGCCAAACAGAGCUGGCAAACAAACAGCAAGAUCAGGAGAAGGAGAAACGCGAGGAGAACGGAAUACCAGUAGUGAACAAAUACAAGGUGAACGUAAUGGCAAAUGCUGCGUGCGUGGAUCUGCUUGUCUGGGCCAUACGGGAUGAAACAGAGGCCGACAAACUGUGCGGUCGCCUUUCGCAGAAGCUCAACUCAGUACUGAGCCAUAAGAUUGUUUUGGACCAUAUGCCGCUGUUGAUGGUUUGUCUCGAGGGGCUCGGCAAGUUGGCGCAAAAAUUCCCAAACAUCGCCGGCACAUCGAUAUCGUAUUUACGCGACUUUCUUGUCGACCCAAGUCCAAUACUGGCCAAGCUUCAUGCUUAUUCGCAGCAAACGCUGGCGCUACAAAAGAAAGAGAAAGAAAAGUUGGCGCCCUUCAAAAUCGUCGUACAAAAUAGCGAAUCACGUUCGACUGUUGAUAUUUAUGGAGAAAAUCAGAAACAUGCGGGUAUGCGUUCGGGUCAGGCGGCCUUCGAAGCGUUGCGUGAUGCAGCGAUUGAGAAUCUAAGUAUUGCAUUGCGUUCAGCACACACUUUAGACCAGUAUUGCGUGCCGGCUUUGGUGGCAAAUCUCUCGAAUCGUCUAUUCACUGCAGAGAAGCAUGAGUCCGAAUCUACGCUGGUAAGCCUCAACAUAAUCGUCAUGCUUGGUCACGUAGCCGUCACACUGAAGGAUACCUCGAAGACUACUCAGAAUAUUUUGCAAUUCUUCAUUCAGCGUUUCUGCAAAGUACCCUCCGAGCAGAAUGCGCUUAUUGUUGAUCAAUUGGGCUGUAUGAUAAUCUCACAGUGCGAGCCACAUGUUUUCGAAGAGAUUAUGAAAAUGUUUUCGCGCGUUACGGUUCAGUCGGCGUCGUUGGCCUACACCUCGGAUCAGGAACAUCGUAAGCAAUUCAAUAACGUGUCGGAUGCGGUGGUCAAUGCUUUGGGUAAUAUUGCGGCCAACAUACAAGGUGACGCGGAAAUGCUCGAAUUGUUGGGCAAACUGCUCGAACUCUUUGUGCAGAUCGGUCUGGAGGGCGAGCGCUCCUAUGACAACAAUACACCGGGUGCGCAGAAGGCCAGCUCCAGCGCCGGAAAUUUGGGUAUGUUGAUACCGGUGAUUGCGGUGUUGGUGCGUCGCCUACCGCCGAUCAAGAAUCCACGUAUGCGCUUGCAUAAAUUAUUCAAGGAUUUCUGGGUGUAUUGUGUGGUCAUGGGCUUUACAAAUGCUCGCCUCUGGCCAGCCGAUUGGUAUCAAGGAGUGCAACAGAUUGCAGCCAAAUCGCCCUUACUCAUUUCGCAAACGACACACAAGUCCGACAUGCGCGAAUUGAACUACACGUCGGCAAUCAAAAGCGAUUCGGUCAGUUUAAAUGAGUUGCGUAGUCAAAUAUUGCUAUUGCUGGAACAUCCCACGGCCGAUGUGACUGCUUCGAUCAAUAAGCUGACAUUCGCACAGUGCACUUAUCUCCUAAGUGUGUACUGGUUGGAGACGUUGCGAGUAGAGAAUUCAGAGGAGCCAAGCCUAGAACCGAUUUUGAGUUAUCUGUGCGAUAAUGCGCUGCAAAAGGACAAAUCUGGUAUCUGGCAGUGCGUAAAAUGUGUUGCCGAUCAGGUUUUCGAGAAGUUCCGCAACGUGCUCUUUGGACAUGAUGAAAUACGCGAGAAAGUGCUCGAAUCACAGGCAAUGCUUUUGCUCGUCUAUUUUAAUCACAUACACAAACAAAUUCAGUUGGUCGCCGAUCAAUAUCUCUCACAGUUGGUCGAUAAAUUCCCGCAUUUACUGUGGAAUCGUCGUGUGCUCUGGUGCAUGUUGGAUAUCCUACAACUGCUUGCAUUCUCUUUAACACUAGAUCCGAACGAAGAGACGCCGACGUUGCGUGUCGUGUCCACACCUUACACGCUGCAACUCAUGGAUUCGCUACCGGCACGCGAAAGUCGGCUUAAGGAUUUCGCUGAUCGUUGCCAGGGCAUUGUUAAUGAAGCCAUGAAAUGGGCGCCGCGCUCCACACGCUCUCACCUACAGGAGUAUCCAAAUCAGAUACCCACGCCGGUGCUGGCACAUCACAGUGGCUUGGCUUUGGCCUUUGAUUCGGUAGUGAGCAGCAAUACCUUGUAUCCGAAUGCUUUGGCUUCGAUCAAUAAGCGUCCGAACUGUGUAAACAGCAAUACACCGCGCUUUGUGUCGGUGUUGUGUCUGCGCAGCAAAUAUGCCGGUGAGAUCUCAGGACUGCUGUCAGUACUGAGCGAGGAAGACAAGGCAGGAUUGGCUGACCGGUUGGUAAAGGAUGUGUGGGAUGCGUGCGCGGAAAAGAGCGAUGCGCGUCACCGUGGCGCAUUGUGGCGUGCCACCGCCUACUUGAUUAUAUGCUCCGAUGUGAAUCGGAAGCUUUUGCAUGCCGUGGCCACAUCUCAAGUGGAACUAUUUACGGAAUAUGCCGUGGAAACCGCCGUGGAGUGCUGGCAGUGGGUGUUGACCGCACGCCAAGAUCUGGAACUCUGCUUCAUUCAAGAGAUGGUCAGCGCCUGGCAGACGACCUUCGAGAAGAAAUUGGGUCUUUUUUCCGACGAGGUGGAGACGACCAUACCACUUGCAGCCUAUGAAGGCUGCAAACUGGUCUCAAAGCCCAUACAAAUUGCACCACAUCUAAUAUGGCUGCAGUUGCUAUCCGAAAUGGUAGAUACCGCCAAGUAUUGCAAUCGUGACAAGGUGGAAAUGUUUUGUCUGCUGUUGCAUCGCUGUCUGCCCAUUUCGAAGAAUUUGAAACAGAAUCGCCAAGUGUCAACAGUUGGAUGUCGCUUUAAGCUACUGCAAUGUGGCCUUUCGUUACUCCAAGGCAAUACAAUACCGCGUUCUCUGGCACGUAAUAUACUGCGCGAACGUAUCUAUAGCAAUGCAUUGGACUAUUUCUGUGGCCCGCCCACAUGCCCGAAUCAGAGCAAGGAACAAUUACUGGAUGACAUUUUGAUACUGUUGAAAUUCUGGCAGACGAUGCGCAGCGAGAAGAAACAUUUAGUCACCUCGGAGGUAGGCGAAUACGAUAUUACGGCGGUAGCUUCGACGCAAAUGCUUUCGGUGAAGCAGAACGCGGAGACGGCUUCAUUAAUCAGUGCCGGCGACGUGGCACGAUCGAUGUCGACGGGUGGCACCGGCGGCUGGUACAACACCAUACCGCACUCUACAUCGACACUAUCAAAACGAUCGAAUCGUUCGAAACGACUACCUUAUCAGAAGGACUCAUACGACAAGGAUUAUAUGAAAAAACGUAACUUGAUUUUGGAAUUGUUAGCCGUCGAGUUGGAAUUCCUCAUUACCUGGUACAAUCCGAAUAGUCUGCCCGAUUUGGCAAUACCUGGCGAAGAGCAGGUCAACGAGUGGCGCGCUCGGCCAUCCAAACUGAACUUGUGGCGUGAUUACGCGCGCCUUGCUUGGGCUUACAACCCAGCACUGGCCGUUUUCUUGCCGUUGCGCAUCAAAAGCGCUGACUCGAUUGAGGAGGAAGUGUCGCGUUUGGUUUGCGCUGAUCCCAUUGCUGUCAGCCACCUACCGGAAGCACUCAAGUAUCUGUGUAACACGAAGAAUCUGCUGCAUGAAAGCCCAGAUCUGGUUUACAUUCUCUCCUGGGCACCGGUCAAUCCUAUUCAAGCACUAUCAUACUUCUCGCGGCAAUACCCGUCGCAUCCGUUGACCGCUCAGUAUGCCGUCAAGACACUCAGCUCCUAUCAAGCUGAAUCCGUAUUGCCAUACAUUCCACAAUUGGUGCAAGCGUUGCGCCACGACACUAUGGGCUACGUGGUGGAAUUCAUUAAGAACAUUUCUAAGCGUUCUCAGAUUGUAGCGCACCAAUUAAUUUGGAAUAUGCAAACGAAUAUGUUUAUGGACGAAGAUCAACAGCAUAAGGAUCCGAAUUUGUACGACUGCUUGGAGGCGUUGUCGCAAAACAUAAUUUCUUCGUUUUCAGGUGCCGCCAAGCGUUUUUACGAGCGCGAAUUCGAUUUCUUCGGCAAAAUUACAGCUGUGUCGGGUGAGAUACGCUCUUUUCCGAAGGGCAUCGAACGAAAGAACGCUUGCUUGGCAGCAUUGUCACGCAUACAAGUGCAAUCGGGCUGCUAUUUACCCUCCAAUCCCGAGGCAAUGGUACUGGAUAUUGACUACAACAGCGGCACGCCCAUGCAGAGCGCAGCAAAGGCGCCAUACCUGGCACGGUUUCGUGUGUAUCGCUGUGGCAUAACUGAGCUCGAAACGCGCGCCAUGGAGGUGUCAAAUAAUCCGAACUCGCAGGAGGACGCUAAGAUGACGCUGGGCGUGGAAUCCUGGCAAGCCGCUAUUUUCAAAGUAGGCGACGAUGUGCGUCAGGAUAUAUUAGCGCUGCAGGUCAUAACCAUCUUUAAGAAUAUAUUCCAGCAAGUCGGCCUAGAGCUAUUCCUAUUCCCAUACCGCGUGGUAGCCACAGCUCCCGGCUGCGGCGUCAUUGAGUGCGUGCCAAAUGCCAAGUCACGCGAUCAGCUGGGCCGCCAAACCGACACUGGGCUCUACGAGUAUUUCUUGCAUCAAUACGGCGACGAGAGCUCCAGAGAGUUUCAAGCUGCACGCGCCAACUUUGUCAAAUCCAUGGCUGCGUACUCGCUGGUCGGUUACCUGCUACAGAUCAAAGACCGGCACAACGGCAAUAUAAUGAUAGACAAAGAUGGGCAUGUCAUACACAUUGAUUUUGGUUUUAUGUUCGAGUCUUCGCCCGGUGGCAACAUUGGUUUUGAACCGGACAUGAAACUCACCGACGAAAUGGUUAUGAUUAUGGGUGGCAAAAUGGAAGCGCCCGCCUUCAAGUGGUUCUGCGAGUUGUGCGUGCAAGGCUUUCUCGCAGUACGUCCCUAUCAGGAUGCCAUUGUAUCGCUCGUUUCUCUAAUGCUUGACACGGGACUCCCAUGUUUUCGCGGGCAGACUAUUAAUUUAUUGAAGCAACGAUUUGUGGCGACUAAGAAUAAUAAGGAGGCAGCAGCGCACAUGUUGGCGGUGAUAAGGAAUUCAUAUCAAAACUUCCGCACUCGCACCUACGAUAUGAUACAGUAUUAUCAGAACCAGAUACCAUAUUAAGGGAUGUAACAGAGAUAUGUGCGAAAAGAGGAGAUUAUACCGCGUAGAAAGAGGGGUAGGUGAGCACGGGAAGUGAACUGUGCAUGAUUUGACGAGGGUUAAAGGACGAAGAAAAUUGUUGGAGGUUAUUCAUUAUUCACUCUUUGCAAAUUUUUCUUGAAAAUUGGUGUGGAUUUUUGGUUGCACUUCGAAUUUGUUAUUUUUAGAUUUUAAGUGUAUGACUUAAAAAAAUGCUAACAGUUUAGUGAUUUGUGUGCUUGUAACGCGGCUAAGAAUGUGUUGCCAAGUUUGUCCUAUGCAGUAUUUGCAUAUUAUUACAAUAUUGAUGUUACAAACUUACAUAUAUAUAAUCAUAUAUUAUUCAAGUAUAAAUGUUAGUGGUGUUAUUGCGUGGCAAUAUAUUCAAAUACAAA